UUUGUAUUCUUGAAUCAAUAUCAAUGAUAUUUUUACCGUUACGACAAAAAUUCAAUAGAAAAUUGAAAGAAAUAUAUCUUAUUUUUUCGUUGUUCUAUAAAUUUCAUCAUUGGUUUGAUAAAUUUAGUGAAAAUGACUGAAUUACAAUCUGAAUCGGAAAUUUUAUUAGGCCACGUGGCCAAACGUCUCACGAAAGAAGAAAUCGAACGAAUAAAAGCACAGAAUUCACGAUUAGUUUCCGAGUUUCGUGCUAAUCAAUUAGAAAAAGAUGCUAAAAAACAUUGGGAUCUAUUUUACAAAAGAAAUAACACGAAAUUUUUCAAAGAUCGUCAUUGGACGACCCGAGAAUUCGACGAAUUGUUGGGCUUGGGUUCGGAUGAGAAUAAAAAUGUCCUUUUCGAGAUAGGUUGUGGGGUUGGUAAUUUGAUUUAUCCUUUAUUAGAAGAUGGACUGAAAUUUAGAAAAAUAUUCGCAUGUGAUUUAUCAUCAAAAGCUGUUGAACUAACAAAGAAUCACGUGUUGUAUGAUAUUGAAAAAAUUAAAGUAUUUCAAACAGAUAUUACAACAGAUGAUUGUUUUGCCGAAGUUGAUUGUUCAGUUAACUUAGCUACAUUGAUUUUUGUACUCUGUGCUGUACAUCCACAAAAGUUUAAAAUGGUUGCACAGAAUAUUUAUAAUGUACUUGAGAUCGGUGGAGUUUUACUUUUUAGAGAUUAUGGUUUAUACGAUAUGGCACAACUGCGUUUCAAACCUGGUCAUAAAAUUGCUGACAAUUUUUAUAUGCGUCAAGAUGGAACUAGAUCCUAUUAUUUUUCUAUCGAAGAAGUGACCGAACUCUUUCAAUCUGCUGGUUUCCAAGUAUCAACGUGUGAAUAUAUUCAAAGACGCACUGUAAAUUUUAAAGAUAAUAUUGAUGUACCAAGAAUUUUUGUACAAGCUAAAUUGAAAAAAGUUUAAAUAGCUGAGACUCCAAGGAUCUAUCAAUGAUAUACUUUACUUAAAAUUUACUUUAAUCCUUUCACAUUAUGAACAUGGGAUACAUAUGGCAUGUAACAUGAAUUUUUAUAUCAGAGAUCCAUUUCGUGAUAGCACUCUGGUUAAACGGAUAGCUCUAGUGAAAGGUUUAAAUAUUUUUUAUGGUCACUCAAUGGAACAAUAAUUUAAUUUGGAUUUCGUGAGUAUUUUGAUUUUUUAAAUCAAUUAAAAUAAUUUUGAAUUUUUUUUCAUGGUUAUGAUGAUCUCAUAGUUCAACUGAUUUUAAUUGAAGACCAAAAUUGUUGUUUUUCGC